CUUGUGUAAGAACGGAAACGACAUGAUAAGAAUUAUGUUAAAUGUCAGAAUCAGCUCAAAAAUGUACAAACAAAAUAAUCAUCAAGAACCAAAAUUAAAGAGGAAUGCUAGUUAUCUUUCAGGAGCGAAGAUGAAGACACAUCUUACGGUUCUCCUGCUCACGGCAAAUUUAGUUGCUUCGACAAGCAUAUCUCUUUUUCCUCCUUUCUUUCAACAAGCAUGCAAUGAGUGGGCAUCAACCACUCAUAGCCAAUGGGUUGAAGUGAAGAAGUCUACGUGGGAAAAUAUCUACAUUUAUUUUAUCGCCGAAGAAAAGGAUGCUAAGUUCAGCAUCAAAUUUUUUAAGUCAGUCCGAGAGUUUUGAUCUAUGGCUACAUGAACCAUAUGCAUACUACUUGGGGACAGUACUCCAUAAGGGCACUGUCGCUGGUGAAUGUAAAACGUACAGUCCCGUAUGUAAUACGUAUUUUAAUUUUGGGGACAAGGACCAUUUGAUUGGUUCAUCGGGCUUAAGUAAUUUCCGAAUUUCAAGCCAGUCACUGGUCUAUUACCUGACGUGUAGAUCACUUGGGUAUUUUCGUGAGGCGCCAGUGCUGAGAAAGAACCUCAGUUUUCCAGGCGUGGAACCUACAGAGCCACAGCUGAACCUCAGUCUUCCAGGCGUGGAACCUACAGAGUCAGAACAAAACCUUCCAGGCGUGAGGCCUAAGCAACCGAAAGGCCAAGACCAGUGUACCGCCCAGACCAUUGGGCUCGUGGUCGUAGGGACGGCGCUACUGCUCGCAUUGGCCUUCGUCUGCGUCGCCGGUUGGAGAACGAGGCAGGCAGCGGUGUCAGUGAAAGGCGGCGCAGCAUCUGGAAACAGCACAGUUUCCUGCCACGACAGCGAGAACAGCAUUUACGGGAUGACGGAAAUAGUUCCUACCAACACCUGAAAUUGUGACCUGCAAUUACAGAUCUUUGAUUUGGGUUUCAGUCCAGUAGCUAGGAAAUGGCACUAACUCGCUUUACAAUCGCAUGGUUUUAGGUUCGCAUACUGGGGUCAAAGUUGGUCACUCUACCGCAUCAUCCUGUUGCUUCGUAAUCCUAUUCCCCUGCGAACAAGGCCCCUACAUCCACUUGGUUAUGGGACCAUCUUCUACUUUGAGCUAAAUGAUAAUUGAGUUCAUUACAAUUGUUACAAUGGUUAUUCUUGGUGUGGCAGGCCGUUUGUUUAAUUUUGCUUCUAAAUAACCCUCCUGUGUGUUAGGUUCUAAAAUAUUUGACUCUGUUUAACUGUAAAUAAUGUAAUGCUAUUUUAAACUGUGUUAAUGUAUAAUGGGAGUCAUCGACUAGAGAAAGGGAAGUAGAAAGAGCGAGAGAGAAAUGGGGAAAACAAGGGAUAAGGACAGGAAGUGGUGACAAGAGAACGGAACUUUAUACACACACACACACACACACACACACACACACACACACACACACACACACACAC